AUGAAGGCAGCUCCAUUCCUGCUACUUGCCUGCUACCUGAUUUUGACAGCUCAGGUUAAUGCCCGGCCCAUGGACAGGAGUCUGUUUGAAGGUCCGAGGUUUAGCCUGGACGGGUUAACAAACAAUGAGGGUGCCCAGGCUCUUCUGUACUUUCUAAAGGAGAGGUUUGGGAGAGGGUUGACUGGAGGCGAUCCUCGUGUACAGUUGAGGCUUAGCAAGGGCUCCCUGUCCUCGGACCGGCCAAUCUCUGUCCAGGAGCUGGCACCCAUCCUUGACAUUCUGCAGACCCUCUACCAGGAGAACCGGCCGGAGGAAUCCGAUAGGACCUUCCUGGAAGUCUUCUCUGACCGCCUAAAGAGAGAAGACCCUCCGAUCUCCAUCGACUUGACAUUUCACAUCCUCAGACAGAUGAUCGAGAUCGCAAAAAACCAGAACCAAAAGCAACAGGCCGAACAGAACCGCAUCAUUUUUGAUUCAGUAGGGAAGUGACGAUCAAUGACGUGGGGCCUAAACUCCAAAAACAAGCCAAAAACUCCCUUCUUAUA